GGUGAACCCGCCCGGUGAGUGGAACUACUCUGUCACAGGACGUUUUCUCCCCAAAAAACAAAAAAACCCUUUUGGAGCCCGUUUAACAGAUUUCAGAGACGCGUCGGUCAGUGAAAAGCGAGUCCCCGCUGCUUCUUCAGGAUGUUCUUUUUCAGGAAAGUCUCUUGUAGGUAGCACUGAAUCACAGCGAGCUGUGACGUGGAGAUGGUCAUUUUGACUGCCUUGCUUACGCUAUGCAUAUGGAUACAAACGGAAACUGCCUCUGGACAGCAUGCGUGUCCCUCUGCUCGUUGGAGGAUGGUGGAUUUCACCACGGACUAUUUCCUCCCCUACUUCCAAACGGACAAACCCAUCCAGAACAUUGCACUGAACGGGGAAAGCCCUCCAACAGAGGUGUAUAUUGGAUACCAGAAUGCAGUUGUGGCAGUUGAUGACUCAAUGAAAAAAAUAUGGGAAUUGAAAACUGGACCUCUGGGGAGUCCUGACUGUGAAAGCUGUCAGGUGUGUGAUACAGAAAGGGAUCCCGAUGAUCCAGUGGACACAGACAAUGAGGUUCUCCUUAUGGAUCCUGCUGGAUUUUUCUUGCCAUACUUGUACAUUUGUGGAAGUACUCAGCAUGGAGUCUGUUACUUUAUUGACACCAGUGAGCUGCCGCCCAAGCCGAAAUGUUUCUACAAGAAGGAACAAAACUCUCUGAUCAACUGUCCCGAUUGUCUGGCAAGUCCCCUCGGCACUAAAGUCACCAUCGUUGAACAGGGAAGGACCUCGCUCUUUUUUGUGGCGGCCUCCGUCAAUGACAGAGUAGCACAGAGGUAUCCCAGGAGGUCCGUCUCAGUGGUGAGGCCACUUUCAACUGAAGAUGGUUUUCAAAUGGUCAUGGAUGGUCUGACAGUGCUGCCCGCUCUACGUCAAUCAUACAGCAUUGAAUACAUAUAUAGUUUUUCCACCAAGGAGUUUGUGUACUUUCUGUCUCUACAGAGGGAAAAUCCCUCCAAGAGCAAUUCAGCUUUUCAAACUCGUCUGGGACGACUGCCCAUUUUAAUCCCAGAAGUGUGGAUGUACAGAGAGGUGGUCUUGGAAUGCCGCUAUGAACCCAAACGCAGGAGGAGACGGGGAGAGGGUUUCAGGGACAUUGUGUAUAACGGGCUCCAGGCGGCACAUUUAGGGCGAGCGGGGAAGGACUUGGCUGAUGAGCUGAGGGUGGACGAGAAGGAGGAUAUUCUGUACGGGGUGUUUGCAGAGGUCAAUGAGCGUGGGGAAGUACAGAAAAGCUCAGCUCUGUGCGCUUUCCCUUUGACUAAAGUCAACCACGCGAUUGAGAUGGGCGUGGAGUCCUGCUGCAAGGCAGGUAAGGAGCAGCUGUCCAGAGGCCUCUGCCACUUCCAGGCAUGUGAGAACUGCCCUCAUGAAAACUCCGAGGGGAACAACACUUGCAGCGCCAAACCGACACUGGUGUCAAAGCCACACUACAGAGUAGACCUGUUCAACAGCCAAAUGAGAGAUGUCCUGUUCACUGCAGUCCUCGUCAGCACUAUUGGGAAUCAUACAAUUGGACAUUUUGGCACCUCAGAAGGCAGAAUACUGCAGGUGAUUCUGUCACUGUACCGGCCUAUUGUUUUUGCCAACUAUUCACUGGGGGAGACAGCAGUUUCCAGGACAGCAGCUGUGCACUCAAAUGUUUCUCUACUAUUUGUGGCUGGAAAUAAGAUGUUCAAGGUUUCUUCUGCAGGACCAGGGUGCACCCAUUUUCUGACGUGCUCCGUUUGCUUGACGGCUCCCCGCUUCAUGAACUGUGGCUGGUGUUCAGGGAAGUGCUGCAGAAAGCAUGAAUGUGUCUCACAGUGGAACCAACACUCUUGUGCACCUGUCAUAACUGAGUUUUUCCCGAAAACGGCACCCGCUGGUGGAGAGACAGAAGUGACGCUGUGUGGCUCAGAAUUUCAGUCUCCGCGGCGACCAGCCAUCAUCAGUGGCCAAACUCACAUCAUCACAGUGGGAUCUGGAACUGUGUGUGCUGUCUUGCCUGAAAAGAGCAGUUGUGAAAAGCUAGUCUGCAGAAUUAAGGAAAAAGAACCAAACCAGAACCUUAACAUCACCUUGGAAGUACAUGAAGGAGAAGUAGAGGGCCAAUACUCAAUUGAGGGAACAGCUCAGAUGUCUGGCUUCUCUGUUGUGGAGCCCACCAUAACAGACAUCCAACCUGAUUAUGGUCCUAUGUUUGGAGGAACAGAAGUUACACUAACAGGCAAAUACCUUAAUUCUGGAAUCCAAAGAGAUGUUGUUUUUGCAGACAAAAAGUGCACGCUUCAAAGUGUUUCUGAAGGAGCAGGGAUUUUUUCUUCAAUCAUCUGCCGUACAAUUGCUGCGGAAAGCGUCAGUGACGUAUCUGUGGAAGUCUUUAUUGAUGGCCUUCAAGUGACCGCCGCAAAGAAGUUCUCCUACAAGAAAAAUCCUGUCAUAACCUCUGUGCUUCCCAACUGCAGUUUCCAAAGAGGCUCCAGGCUGGUGAUAAAAGGUCAGAAUCUUGACUCGGGCCACACAGUGGUAGUUCAAUAUACUUCCCUUCAACGGGUCUGCAAUGGCACAAAAAAUGCCACACAUAUGGAGUGCUGGGCCCCAGCGUUUCCAAAGGAGGAAAAGUUAGAAACAGGAGAGCUUUUGAUUCACAUAGAUGGAAAGAGAGAUCUCUGGAAGAGACCCUUCGCCUACCACCCCGAUGCUACAGUCAUUCCCUUUGAAACGGAGGGCAAUCUUUUACAUCUAAAACCAGGAGAUACUGAAGUUUCACUACAUCACAACAAACUGAGUUCAGUUUGCGACUGUAUGGAAAUCAAAAUGCAGAUUGGAAGUGAGUUCUGUAAGGCUCAGGUUCUGACAAAUGAACUGACCUGCAGGAUUUCUAAAGGUCUGGUUAUUCCCAGAGAUGGACUGCCUGUCUGGGUUUCUGUAAAUGGAGACGUUUAUAACGUGGGAAGAGUAGUCUAUGGCAACAACAGCAAUCCCACUGCAAUUCUGGGCAUUGUCCUGGGCAUCAUUACUGCGCUCGUGGUCGGAGCGGGCCUCGCAUUAGCAGUGAUGAUUUAUUUAAGGAAGAAAAAAAGAGCCAGCAUCGAGAAUCGUUUAUCAGCAACGCUGUCUCGCAACCGCAUGAGCAGCCGUAUGACCUCGUCUCCAACUGGUGACUAUAGACGAGUGGAUCUGUCCAGCCAAACAUCAGGUUCAGGAGGCGUCGCCUUCCAUGGUUUGUUGUACUCUGCCAGCUACGAUCACCUGGCUGUUCCUUUAAUGACACAGGACAGUCUCUCGAUGGUCAGUUUGAGUUCUGAUCUGCUCGAAGAGGUCAAAGAUGUGCUGAUCCCUGCUGAGAUGCUCAGAAUUGAGGAUAGCAAUAUUAUUGGAAAAGGUCACUUUGGAACAGUUUAUCAUGGAUACCUUGUAGACAGCAAUAAGCGAGAGACCCACUGUGCUGUUAAAUCAUUGAACAGGAUUACAGACUUGACUGAAGUAGACCAGUUCCUCAGAGAGGGAAUCAUCAUGAAAGGAUUCGACCACCCAAACGUGCUGUCACUGUUGGGCAUCUUGCUGCCUAAAGAAGGGCUCCCUCUGGUGGUUCUCCCGUACAUGAGUCAUGGAGACGUGCGUCAUUUCAUCCGAUCCGAGCAAAGGAACCCAACGGUGAAAGAUCUGAUUGGAUUUGGGCUCCAGGUUGCCAGGGGCAUGGAGUACUUAGCCCAGAAGAAGUUUGUUCAUAGAGACCUGGCUGCACGCAACUGCAUGCUGGAUGAAACCUUCACGGUGAAGGUGGCUGACUUUGGCAUGGCAAGAGAUAUUUAUGACAAGGAGUACUACAGCAUUCAACAUCACAAACGGGCAAAGCUUCCAGUUAAGUGGAUGGCCAUUGAAAGCCUGCAGACACAGAAAUUCACAACCAAGUCUGAUGUGUGGUCAUACGGCAUCUUGCUGUGGGAGCUACUGACUAGAGGUGCGAGCCCAUAUCCCUAUGUAGAUCCCUAUGACAUCACACACUACUUGUUGAAGGGUCGUCGACUUCCCCAGCCACAGUAUUGCCCAGAUACUCUCUAUUCAAUCAUGCUGUCCUGCUGGGACCUGGAGCCGGACUGCAGACCCGGCUUCCCUCGCUUGGUUACAGAAGUAGACCACGUCCUGUCCGGUCUGGAAGGAGAGCACUAUAUCAAUUUGAAGGUUACCUACAUAAAUGUAGACCAGCCAAGGCCUUACCCCUCGCUGACUGGCUCCGCCGACGAGGCUGAGGCCUCAGACCUUGACUCAGACAGUAACGCUGCCAGCUGAGGCUGCAACAACACCAGACUCCUGGAGAGGAUCACAGAAGAUAAGAGAUAAGAGAUGAGAAGAUUGCACGAAAGAGAUGACUUCUCAUUAAAGGAAUUGUUGAACAUGUCUACAAACCUGAGCCUAUAGAACAGUUGACUACUGAUUUAAGCGAUGUUGUAGACACUAUGAACUCUUUCUGAAGACAAAAAUGGCGCUGGAGGUUUGUUAUCAUUUCAAUUUGUAGCAGAGUGGGGAUGUCAAAUAUUUUUCUGAAGCACAAGUAUGAAUGAGACAAAAUGAAUGUAGCAUGUUUUUGCUCUCAGAACUAAGGUGGUAGAGGGUAGUAUGACCAUGUCUUCACAUAUGUGUCUUUGAGUAUUUAACUGUUAAUUGACAGGAUCUGUGACUGCUGAUUGACUGUCCAAGGUCAACUUUUUUUCUUGUAUAUAUCAUGUAAGCCACAUCCUACCAUAGCGUCUACAAAAUGUGAGGUUAAUGUUAAUGUUCUCAGUAACCAAAUCUUCACCCUCUGAAUCACGAAGAGCUAGCUGUGCUGCCCAGAAACACUUGUAAUUCCUGCUGGUGCCACUAGAGGGCAGCCGACGACUCAUUCUGAGGAGUGUGAGACUCAACGAUGCAGUGAUGCUCUGCGGUAAAGUGCACACAGCAAACAAAGGUGCUGCACAUACAGUUCAACUACAUUUAUCUGCAUCUGAAAUAUCCAAACGCAGGGUCCUCCCCUGAACAAGUAGAACAAGUUGAGACUUUCAGAGGAUUCAUAUCAGCACUGCAUACUGUGGGAAUCAUUUUGGGGAGUUUGAUUCUUGCAUGUAAUUUAAAUAAUUCCACAAUGAGAUCAAAAAAUCCAAGACAAAUUCAUAAUACAUGUACUGAUUUUUCCCACUGCUACGGUGGCAUUGCUUAUACAGUUUAACGAUAACAGUCAAAUUUUCAUAAGGGAUAAUGGAUUUGUGCUCAUAUACUUUAAUAUGGUAAUUGCUACGUUUCUUUCUUUUUUCAAUACAAUACUAUUUUUUCUUCCGCUAGGGUGCGCAAGUUAUGAAUUACACAAACACUUUUCGAGAUGUGCCCUUAAAAGAAAUUCCUUUGCCUUAGUCUUACUCUGAAUAAGUAUGAAAUAAAACCAGAAAUUAAAGUUAUUUCACCUUUAAUAAAAAAGUAACUUUUCUUUUUUUUUGUUUGGAAAAAGAGGGGAACAUCCCUCAAUAGCAAGCAAAAGAACAACAGUUCUUCAUGAGAGGGAAUUAUCACGGCUGAACAAGAAAAGGAUGCUGAGCACAGCUUCUUAAAACAGUUUGUUUUUUUCAUUUUUCUUUCUUCUUUUUAAUCUCUGGAAAAUGAAUGAUACACUUUGGUUGUAUUCAGGUAUACAGGGUCAGGUUUUUGAUAUUGCCACCAAAGGAAAAAAAAGGGUCAAAAUAAUGGAUAUUUUUCUCUGAGUAAAUAGUUGCUUUGAAUUUGCUUUUAUACAAACGAAAAGCACAUGCCUUUCGUUUGUAUGUUUUUGGUCACUUCAUUGAUCCACACAUUCAAAAAUCUUAUAAAUCAAGAAAUAAUUAUAAUAAUGACAAAAAAAAAAAGAUAUGGUUCCUUAUCUCAACAUGGUUAUGCAAUGCUGGAGUCUAUGUCAACUGUUUUCUUUCCAGGACUGGAUAUUCCCAGACAGAUUACCUGUCCAUCACAGGGUUUUUAUCUUUUUUUCACUUUACAAACCUUGUAUCCCUUCAAGAUGAGACCUAUUCCUAAAUCUAA